GUUUCCAAGCCUGGACAGGAAAUAUGCUCACUGCACCGUACAAACAGACAAGCGCCCCACAUACAGUACACUAGCGGGAAGCUAGGCUGGAGUACACUUCAUUAUCAGCUCUACUGUUGGCUGCAGAGAUGCCAAAUAGCAAAUUUCACCGAUGGAGAACUCCUACAUCCAACAUUUACUGAAAAGAAGCAGCACUGCGGUGAAGAGAAAGCUGACAAGAAAACUGUAAAACUCUGGGAUAAAGACUGCAGAGGGAUAUGGCCGACCUUGUGCCAGGACUACUCAUUUGUUUGAUGGCAGUGCAGACCAUUCAGCACGAUGGAAAUAUAACAAGAACCAAAAACAAUAUUCCACCUGGUAUGACACCGAAAACCUUCAAGGGGAGGCUGUACACACGUAAUCACACAGACCAGCGGCUGCAUGUGAACUUGGAGGACCCAGUUACAGCCUAUACCACAGGGGUCCUCAGCACCAGGGUCAUACCUUCAUCAUACAUCCUGGCCAUGCUGGUGGGUAUCCCGUCCAACGCCUACAUUCUGGCCUUCCUCAGACUCAGAGCAAAGCCCUUAUCCACAAUAGUUCUGUACCUGAACCUGGCCUUGUCCGACCUGCUGCUGCUGCUUUCCCUGGCACUGCGUGUUCACUACCACAUCAACGGGAACAACUGGAUAUUUGGGGAAAUCUCCUGCCGGUUUAUCACAGCCUUGUUUUAUGGCAAUGUUUACAGUUCAGCUCAAACGAUAGCAUGCAUCAGUCUGAAGCGCUACCUGGCUGUGGUGAGGCCGUUUCUGUACAGAAGGCUUGCUAAGACGACGCUGGCAGUUUGGACGUGCUUAGUUGUCUGGUUCCUGUUCGUGGCUGCUAUUGUGCCCGAGCUCCUCGUCAGGCAGACAUACCAGGUUACCCAGCUGGGAGUCACUACCUGCCAUGAUGUACUUCCCCUGGAAGAAAAAUCCCAUUCCCCACUGGUGCCGUACAGACUGAUGCUGGUUUGUCUGGGCUUCAUAGUGCCCUUCCUGAUUUGCAUCUAUGCCCAUGUGGCAGUGGUAUACCACCUAGGGCAAUCUCGUUGCGACUGGAAACCGUUUAUCAGGGUCAGCACUCUAGUUUUUGUCAUCUUUGUGGUGUGUUUCUUGCCUAGCGGCAUCCUGCAUAUCGCCCACUACAUCCGUCUGUUUACCAGUGGGGACGACAGACUGUAUGGAUACUACAGAGUAGCAGUGUGUCUCUGCUGCUUCCACAGUUGUCUGGAUCCCUUCCUGUGUAUGCUCAAUUCCAAGAUGGCCGCCUCAGAACUACAAUUCAUUUCUCUCCGUGGGAUACCUCAGAGGCAGACUGUUAUGACGUGAGACUGGAUGCGUGUGCACAGAAAAGACUGAUUGACUAUUGUGGAGAACCAGCAGGGAAGCACAAGCCCAGGAACAAAGUUGGGAAUGUUAUAACCGGACAUUGUGAAUUUAACAGGGUGAUACUGCAUCUGUUAGAUCUAAAAACAACAUCAAUGCUCUGUGAAGUCAGUUUUAGGAAUAUCAGGAUCAGAAAGACUUUAGACUGUGAAUCCUAAACAAGCCUAUAAUGUCAAACCAGCAACAUCUCAGGUUGGGCAAUAACCUUUUCAAUACAACUACGUGUAAAUACAAAUAAAACAAUAUUUACUUAAACAUUUACUCUUUCCCUUCCAGUUAUAAGUACAAAUAUACAUGAAAGCUCUAGAUUAUUUAACAUUAAGCUAUUCAAAUGGAGCCAUGUCAGGGAUUAGAGGCUUCUGUGCAAAGCAAAUAAGAACUAGUGAUUAGAAUGAGGUAAAGUUAUGACAUGUGGAGACAACACUGAUUUAUUCAGCAUGAAGGUUGUAUUCAUAUUUUGCACUUUGAGGAUGUAUGAAGGAAAGUAACUGUAACUUUAAUAAAAAAAUAAUGUUUUACAUGAAUACUAUAUAAAUCAACUCAAUUUAAAGUCACAGUACCUGGCAGAGGAGUUGUUUGGUAUAUUGUAGGACAUCAUGGUAGUGUUUGGCUGUGGCUGGGUUAACCCCCGUCAACUUGGCUGUCGGGAGGAGCAGAGCUGCAAGCGUCUGCUGAUGAUCACCUGAGUUAAGCGCCUCAUUGAUUUCAGCUAUAGCUAUGAUGCCUGGAACAAGAAGAAGAAAACCAUUUGAUACUUCAUCAAUGAAUUGUCUGUCAUUCAUCGUGUGUUUGAAAAAAGCAAAAAACUGUUUGCUUCAAAGUUCACAAGCUCCACUACGUAAAACAUAGUCAGAAAUCUGAUUCUUACGUUCAUGCUCCUCGUGGACCUGAACGUUGACAGUGUCGAUGCAUUUCUGAACAUCGUUCCAGGUGAGAAACUCUUGGCCCUUGGCAAGAGUCUCGCCUCGCAGUUUGAUAAGGGUGUCAGCGUACCUGACGGAAAUGUCCAUGAAGAAAUUCAACAUUUAAUGAACACCUACUCAUCAGCCCAUCCUAGUGCAGACCUACAGUGCAGUGAUACGCAACCUAAAGACAUAUGACUAACUUUCUUUAUCAAAUCAAUUUUCUGCUCCUAAAACCGUCCUAUACCACCAUAAUAUAACUUCCAGAGUUGCAACAACAAAACAGUAAUCAUAGAUGUGACAGCAGGGCGAUUAGGGGUCUAAGGUUAGCUCCAGAACAACUCAGCCAUCGUACCUGUUGAGGUUGUCUUGGUCCAUGUUGGUGAAGCCCAGGGGAGAGUCUGUAAGUUGCUCAAUCACAGCCUGGGGGUCUUUGGUGUCCAGUACCUCAUUCAGCACUGCGACAGCCGACAGCAUCUCCACAGCUACACUCAGCUCCUCGUGGCUCAAGCCGGACUAAUGAACAUAAAGGUCUCAAUCAUCAAUAACAUGUGGGUACACAAACAGUAAAGAGUCAAAAUUGCAAACAUGAUGUCUCACCCGCGCCCCUUGUAGCUGCAAACUGAAAAGCUCAGCCUGGUAGAGGUUGGCAGCAGUUUGGUAGACAAUUGGCAGUUGCGCCUCAGGGUUUGUCAGCUCCUCCACCGUCUCCACUGCAUUGCCAAGACGGAUGGCUGUAUUGAUCACUGUAACUGCCUCGAGUUCUGGUGAAGAAAAUUACCACAGAUAGUCAUGUCUUGCAGAUAACCCAAGGCAUGCGAGUAAUUAAAUGACCUUUCAUCUUUGCCUUACAAUUACAUACUGAAAGUCCUUUGGAAAACCCAUUACAGAUUUAUAAUUGACUGUACUGUGCAAUGUAACAUAGACUCUACAUGUGUGCUUUGAGAAGCUUGCAAGUGGAUACUUUUGUGAUUUUCAACUGACCAGUAAUUAUGUGUUAAUAAACAUCCAUGGUAAGUUACGAAA